AUGUUCCUCUCUUGUCUCCCCUUCCUCUCUCUGCCGAGAUGUUCCUCUCUUCUCUCCUCUUCCUCUCUUCCCUCUCUCUGCCGACAUGUUCCUCCCGCUGACGGACAGACCUUUGGCGCCUACCUCUCCGAACACCCGCGCCCCGCCCCCGGCUACUUCGGCAACGGCGAGUGCUUCCUCUGGCGCGCCUCGGCUAUCGCCGCCCUGCCGCCGCCGCCCUCCGCCGACACGGCCCCCGCCGCCCGCAGCACGACCAUCGCGCCCGACCUCCUGACGGGCGAGCCAGAGACGACAUGCUCCGGGACACCCCCCGGCGCCUCGUCUCCAGCAGCACCAGCAGCACCACAGGCACCGGCACCGGCACCGACAGCGGCGCCGGCCCUCCGCUUCAAGGCGUUCCCCUACUCUGGCGAGAACGAGUAUUGCAUCAACUGCGAGACGGGCUUCCUCAGCAUGGGCGCCGGCGACGGACACUACGGCCUCUGGCUCGACGGCGGGCUCGCGCGCGGCCGCAGCGGGCGCAGCCUGACGUUUGGCAACGAGCCGCUCAGCGACGAGGGCGACAAGUUUGGCGUCUUGGGCGUUGAGCUGUGGGUGCUGGGGGCGUAG